GCACCUCCUCCCCCUGCUCCCUAUAGGUGUGUCCCUGUGCUCUGGCUACCUGGCCCACUCCCCGAGGAGACGCCAGUCCGAGAGGUCACCCACUUGCGGCCCCAGCAAGUCCCAACACACACCCGCCGAGUGACCGGCCAUGGAAGCCUCAGAUGCCUCCAGAAGCAAUGGGGCCAGCCCUGAAGCCCGGGAUGCCCGCAGCCCCCCAGGCCCCAACGGCACCCUGGAGAAUGGGGCCAAGGCCGAAGGCCAAGAUGCCAAGACCACCAACGGGCAUGGCGGGGAGGCGGCCGAGGGCAAGAGCCUGGGCGGCACCCCGAAAUCAGGGGAGGGCAAGAGCUCCCUGUUUUCGGGGAACGAGUGGCGGCGGCCCAUCAUCCAGUUUGUGGAGUCCGUGGACGACAAGAGCUCCAGCUACUUCAGCAUGGACUCUGGGGACGGCAAGAGGUCCCCCUACGCCGGGCUCCAGCUGGGGGCUGGCCGGAAGCCGCCCCUCUCCUUUGCCGAGAAGGGGGAGCUGCGCAAGUCCAUCUUCUCGGAGCCCCGAAAGCCCACGGUGUCCAUCGUGGAGCCCGGGGAGGCCCGGCGGAACAGCUACCCCCGGGCCGACGGCGGCCCCCUCCUGCGCUCCAAGUCGGGCUCUGAGGAGGUCCUGUGUGACUCCUGCAUCGGCAACAAGCAGAAGGCCGUCAAGUCCUGCCUGGUGUGCCAGGCCUCCUUCUGCGAGCUGCACCUCAAGCCCCACCUGGAAGGUGCCGCCUUCCGCGACCACCAGCUGCUCGAGCCCAUCCGGGACUUCGAGGCUCGCAAGUGUCCUGUGCAUGGCAAGACCAUGGAGCUCUUCUGCCAGACGGACCAGACUUGCAUCUGUUACCUCUGCAUGUUCCAGGAGCAUAAGAAUCACAGCACCGUGACCGUGGAAGAGGCCAAGGCAGAGAAGGAGACAGAGCUAUCACUACAAAAGGAACAGCUACAGCUCAAGAUCAUCGAGAUCGAAGAUGAAGCUGAGAAGUGGCAGAAGGAGAAGGACCGCAUCAAGAGCUUCACCACCAGUGAGAAGGCUAUCCUGGAGCAAAACUUCCAGGACCUUGUGCGGGACCUGGAGAAGCAAAAGGAGGAAGUGAGGGCCGCAUUGGAGCAGCGGGAGCAGGAUGCCGUGGGCCAGGUGAAGGUGAUCGUGGAUGCUCUGGACGAGAGGGCCAAGGUGCUGCAUGAGGACAAGCAGACCAGGGAGCAGAUGCAAACCAUCAGUGACUCGGUGCUGUUUCUGCAGGAAUUUGGUGCAUUGAUGAGCAAUUACUCCCUCCCCCCACCUCUGCCCACCUACCAUGUUCUGCUGGAGGGGGAGGGCCUGGGACAGUCACUUGGCAACUUCAAGGAUGACCUGCUCAACGUGUGCAUGCGCCAUGUUGAGAAGAUGUGCAAGGCAGACCUGAGCCGUAACUUCAUCGAGAGGAACCACAUGGAGAACGGAGCUGACCAUCGCUACAUGAGCAGCUACACUAGCAGCUACGGCAAUGAGUGGAGCGCGCCCGACACCAUGAAGAGAUACUCCAUGUACCUCACGCCCAAGAGUGGGGCCAGGACAUCGUACCAACCGGGGUCCCCCAGCCGCCUCUCCAAGGAGACCAACCAGAAGAAUUUCAACAAUCUGUAUGGCACCAAAGGUAACUACACCUCCCGGGUCUGGGAAUACUCCUCCACCAUCCAGAACUCAGAUGAUGGGCCCGCAGUCCAAGGCAGCUCCUCCUUCUCCCUGAAAGCAGGCUCUGGGAAAGCCCCCUAUCAGUUCACCACCUUGGGACAGGCCACCACAGAGUUUUCCAAACCACUGGACGGCAGUGGGCGAUUUAAAAACAAUCCUGGCUAUCCUUCCCUCAUCAGGAGCCAGAGCCCCAAGGCCCAGCCCCAGACUUGGAAAUCUGGCAAGCAGACUUUGCUGUCUCACUACCGGCCGUUCUAUGUCAACAAAGGCAACGGGAUGGGGUCCAACGAGGCCCCGUGAGUUCCAGACGGGCAGCACCGAGACCCUGGCACCCCUGCCCUCCCCGGCUGACCCUGCUGCUCUCGCUACUGUGCUCAUCAGGGUGGAAGGGAGCCGCCCCCCUCUGCUCCCUGCCUUCAACCGGGCCCCCUCCAGGCUCCUCUCCAGCUUUGGGACUUCUAAUGGCCACCAUCUUUCCUGUGCUCAGAGGCCAGCCAUCACAUGGGUGGGAGAUAGGUGGGCUCCUCUCCCAUAACCCACCGCCCUCUCUUGGGUGGGGUUGUUGGGGCCCACAUGGGGGCAGCCUGCCUUUCCCGCCCAUCCCCUUGCCAUCUUGAGGCCUCUUGGCCAUUUCUCUCCAAGCCUCCUUCCCCAGGAUGUGGUCUGUAGAUGUCUGCCCCUCUCCCACCCGCGUGGGCCCACCUUCUCCUUCCCAGCAGCCGGGCCCCAGCAGACCACUGACCCUAAGUACCCAGCCCGGCUGAGCCCGCAGCCUGAGGCCACCGUGGAGGGGAACCUCUCAGCAUCUCGGCAUCAUCCCGACCGUGUCGGGUGUCACCAUAACCAUAUGGAGUCCGAGGUCCUGGGGAUGGGCUCUCCUGGCUGCAAGGAUGGUCUUAGCCAAGCCAGGUCCCUCUUCUACCUGCUGGGAUAAGCAAUUCCCUCAACAUGAUAGGAUCCAUCCAUGAAAAUAGUUCCUGGCCCAACUGCCCAAGGGACAUGUCAUUUCCCCCAUGGAGUCCUGGGCCAUCCCAUUAUUCUGUGUCCUCUCUGGCGACGGCAAGUGAGCAGGCCAGAGACAUUGGGUCUCGGCUGGUCACUUGCAAUUUCCAUGUAACUGCUGCUGUUACUUCUAAGGGUGGCUGACCCACCCCCAGCCCCCCUCAGCCACUGCCCCCAUCCGUCUCCAUCCUCCCUCUGACUACCUUCCAUGUGGCACACCAUCAUGGGGCUCAGGGCCUAGAGACGGACCAAAGCAGGACCAGCAAGGUGGGGCCCUUCCUCUUCUCACCAUCCCUCCCAAGGGUCCUGGAGACAAGGGGGGCGGGGCCAGCUGGCCAGGGGCAGGGAGGGGGACACUUAGCUUGGGCUUUCCCCUCCUGAAUAAACCAUUGAUCACUGA